GCGUUCUCGCGAGAGCGUCGUGUCCACGGGCCUGCCUGCUCGCUGCUUCCGGCUGGCAAGCGGGGCUCGGAGUGCAGAGUCAGCUGGGCAGCAGGAGGCGGAGGCGCGCGCAGGAGCAGGAGCAGGACUUGUCCUUUGACACCGACUGGACAGAAGAAGCCAAGUCCUGCACUGUUGAACCUGCCGCCAUGGGGAACAUAUUUGGAAACCUGCUCAAGAGCCUGAUUGGCAAGAAGGAAAUGCGCAUCCUCAUGGUGGGUCUGGACGCUGCUGGGAAGACCACUAUCCUCUACAAGCUCAAGCUGGGAGAGAUCGUCACUACCAUCCCUACUAUCGGGUUCAACGUGGAGACGGUGGAGUACAAGAACAUCAGCUUCACCGUGUGGGAUGUUGGUGGCCAGGACAAGAUACGGCCCUUGUGGCGGCACUACUUCCAAAACACCCAAGGUCUGAUCUUUGUGGUGGACAGCAAUGAUCGGGAGCGGGUGAACGAGGCACGUGAGGAGCUGAUGCGGAUGCUGGCAGAGGAUGAACUGCGAGAUGCUGUUCUCCUUGUCUUUGCUAACAAACAGGACCUCCCCAAUGCCAUGAACGCGGCAGAAAUCACGGACAAGCUGGGCCUGCAUUCGCUGCGCCAUCGCAACUGGUACAUCCAGGCCACUUGUGCCACCAGCGGAGACGGCCUCUACGAGGGCUUGGAUUGGCUGGCCAACCAGCUGAAGAACAAGAAAUGAGUGCAGGGGUGGUGGUGGGGCUAAGCCCCCUCACUUGUUGGUUCCAUUAUGGGUUGAUUCCCCCCCCCUUCCCCAACCCCCCUCUCCCCUUCCCCAACUUCCGUUCCCCUAUUGGGUUUGCUUUUCCUUGCCGGCACCGGUUGCUGUGGGGGUUGGGGUGGGUAGGGUGGGUUGGGGUUAACUUUUGGUUUCUCUCUCUCUCUCUCUCUUUCUCAUAUUCUGGCUCUGCCAGGAUUUUUUGCACGGUCUCUGUGUGUGUGCGUGUGUGUG